AUGACAACCAACCUCAAAACCCAAGCCCUCAGAACCUACCGCGCCAUCCUCCGCGAACUCCCCCGACGGACGCCCCCAAGCCCCCUCCAAACCCGCCUCCGCACUCUCUACCAACAACAGCCCUCGCAGACACCACAAGCAAACGCAGAGGGAGUGGAGGUGGAGGAACAGCUGCAAAUGAAACUCCAACAGGCAGAGCAGUGGGCGAUGUAUGCGCGCGCGCAGCGCAAGUAUGCGUCUCUUGUGGAGCGGUACAACCCUGGUGCGACGUUGACGGAGGAGGAGAGGAUUCGGUUGACUGCCAGGAGGGUCGGGUGGGAUUUACCUGAUCUUUCGGGGGUCGAGGGGGAGAAGGGGAGUGGGAGCAGUUCUUGA